GUGUUAAAAAGUGAAUUUAUUUUAAAUGCUUUUUUGUUUGGAGUAAUUUAUUUUAUAUAAUUAAGUACUUAGAAAUGGAUAGCUAUAGUUGUAGACUGAUUGAAGUCACGUUGUUGGUACUUUGUGUUAAAUGUUUGAGAGCACUGCCAUCAGUUGCCUUUGAAUCGACAUCAACAUCACUGCAACAAAAUGGUAACGAAAAUAGUACGAACAUUGAUACAGAUCAAAGGCAAAUAAAUAGUGUAAAUAUGACUAAUAUCUCAAACCAGUCCGUCAUGGAUUUUGGGCAGGAUCUCGCAAACGAAACUAGCUUAAAUCUGUAUCACAGAAAUGCCUCAACGGAAAAUGUUGCGGGACCACCGUACAUGGUAAAUACCUCAUCAGAUGACAUUCUACUAAACUAUUUUACAAGUACAUAUGAAACUGUAACAGAUGAAGAAUUCGAGUCGAGUAAGACAACAAUUGCAUUUACAAAUGAGUCACUAAAGGAUGAUAGUGAUGUAACAAAAAAUACUGCGACCAAUUCUCCACAGUUUACAUCUACACAGAACGUUGACCGCCAUGUUCCCUAUUUCGUGAGCAAUAAUGAAAUGAAAGCAUUAGUUUUGACACAUGAUAAUGGCCGUCAAAGGAUGCCUUUUCAGCACCACUUGCAGCUAGUACCAAUGGAGGAUGAACCGUUUGGAACAUUCAUUAUGAAGAACAGUCGGUUGUUAGUCAGUGUGUUAAUCCCAAUCGGUGUGGGGUCUAUUGGAGUGGUCAUGAUUGUUGUCACAGUGCUGUCACUUCGCUAUAUCGCACGACGGCGAGCUGUUGGGGUUAUGCCUAUCAACGAUGACGUCACUGUGGACAAACACGAGCCUAGCGUUGCAAGUAUCAGCGAGGAGCAGACAGACAGAGUGUUCCUCCUAAUUGGGGAGGAAGAUGAACUUUGACACCUCAGUUUAGAUAUUAUCCUCAUCAGGCCCAUGGUUGUGAAGACAAAAGCUCAACUAUCGAAGUUACAUGUGCUUCAACUAACAAUGCCGUUGAGGACGUAGCUAAGAGAUAACGUCUACUUAUCAUUACGGCUAGACACCAUAUUUGCAAUAACACAUUGCUAAACAAUCCAAAUGUUGUCUUGAAAUCGUUGCCAAUGUAGUUAUGAACAAUUGCCAUGGUUUUCUAGUUGGUUUAACUGUAUUUCGAAUAUAAUCCCAUAUGCAGGCGUUUUUCAGUUGCACAAUCAUGUCAUUGAAAACAACAUUUUGCAAAAAAUAUAAUAGCGAGACGUGCUCGUAAAUCAAUUAAACAAAGCACGAUCUAAAGCCAAUUUGUAAUUCAUAGACCUUCUAAGGCAUGUUUAUAUGUGUUUCACAUUUUUAGUAGAUACAUUGGCGUACCUAGGCAGAUUCUAGUACGCCCGGACAUAAAAAUAAAUGUUGGUUCUCCAGAAAUGGCAAGGGCUUAAAUCUCGAAAUCAGGAACACAAAUUGUAGGCUAA